ACCAACAGGAAGCAACAAGUCUAUAUGUAUGGCAGACGGAAGUGUUAGAGUACAUGACAGUAUCAGACGAGCUCACCCCAUCUUCUUGAGGCUCCACAUAGAGUUCAUCACCGAUCCUGGACAGAGAAUGGAUAGCUUUGGCCAACACUGGAAGUGUGUAAGAUCUGAGGAACGCUGCUGUUCACCAUCUGUCUUCCCUUCAACGCUGAUAUAAAUGGCUGUUGCCGAAAAGGUGUGACUAAAACAACCUUCAUGCACUGAAACCAGGACAUUUGGCGAAAGAGAGAGAGACUUUGAAAAGACACAAGAGGACAAAAGUCUGGAACUUGUUUAUGUUUGACUCAGCUUUGUGACAAAGCAACACAGAAAGAGAGAGAGACUACCGCUGAAACUUCUGAGGAUUAUGGAGGAGUGGAUAGUGAAACAUGCAUGAGGAGGAGCAGCCUACACUGAGAAAAAGAAUUUGUUUUCUAGCUGAGGAAACCUUAAGAUGGUGAGAAACUACUGAGAAGACAAUGGAAAAACACUGGAAUAUCAAAAAAGAGGGAAACAACCUUCAAAGGAAUCUUCACAACGAAAGCCGGACAAAGGGGUGACGUGAUUCCCACACAGCUCAUUACUCUUGUCACAGAGCAGACUCUUUUAAAAAAAACAAACACAUUUCAUAAAAUUGUGUGGGAUUCAUCCCUGCAUAGCGACCUAUAUUAUCAUAUUUACAUGCGCUCCUUGUCGUCAUUCUUGUCUAUGACUUCAGGAUUUGAUAAACAACCUUUCUGUUCCUAAAUGUCUCAGUCACGUAAUCCAACAGACACUCAGGGCUUGCUGCAGUCCAUGCUGCAGAGACUGAAGAUCCACUCAGGAAGAGAGGGUCAGGAAUACGUGCAUACACCUGUUCCCAUUACAACUUCUUCCACAUGGGGGCAAGAUGGAGUGAGAGGAGCCUCCUGUCUUGACAGUCCUGUAAAUGGUUUGGGGUUUGAUACAAACGGUAUCCCCUCCAAAGAGUUUGGGAUCCCUGCUGUGGACAAUAACUUUGGCCUCAAAGGAGAGAAAAUACAACAACCAGGUCUUAGCUAUGAAGUGAACAGGGGCUUCACUUCCUUCCCCACGCAGAAAGGCAACGCUGUUGGCGACACAGGUGAAAACAGGUUGUUGGGUCAAGCCACAUUGCCUGGAAUCACACCACCUUCAACAAAGGAUGCUGAAAUCACUUCCUUUGAGAGGACCAAAGGAGAAAUGGUGGCUUUUGGCAGUUCUGCAAUUACAAGGCACACCCCUAGUAAUAAAGAUGCUGUAACAAGCAUGGGACAAAAUAAAGACGAGGACCAGGAGUUUAAACCCAAAGUCUAUAUGUGGUCUGUGAAGCCCCCAGAUUUUGACAUGGGAAAUCAGAAGGAUAAAAUGUUGAACAUGAGAAAUGGAGUAUUUGGAGCUUUGGCACAAAGUAAAGACAUGCACGCUGACCAAAAAACAACAAAUAGCAUCUCUAGAAGAAAACAGCAAUCACCGGAGCAUAAAACGAGAAGAUGGACUCAGAAGAUCAAGGAGAGAUGGAAGGACAGGCCGGGGAGUUUUGGCAAAAAGAGAAAAGAAGAAGAACAGAAAGAAGAGCAGAAGAAUGAGCAAGGAACUGAAAUUUCGCCUGAGAACCAACUAUUGACAAGAGAAACUCCCGUCAGUGCAUCAGAUAAGAAGGAAGAAAGAGCCCUCCCUUCACUAGACAGCAGAGGCCCCAGCAAAAACCCUCUGACACACACAGAAGUGAAAACUAAUGAAGGAUAUACAAGGUCUGCUGGUGACUUUGAGAUUGGCCUCGGCUCGUUUAGCUUGCUGGAAGAGAUUGUCACGGGUCAAGAGUGGGCCAAGUUCCUAAAACCCAAACAAUCAGCUGCCUCGACUAUUCAGAAACCAUCAGGAGAACUCCAAAUCCCACUGAAUUCUUGUGGCAGCAGUCAAUCAUGUCAGAUUUUGAACCAUGAAGGAGGUGUGAACAGCAAGUGGAGCUUCAGGGGUGCUGAGGCAUCACAAGUUUCAGGUUUCAGCAUGGCACAGAUAUUGCCUGGUGGUUUUGUACCAGCUAGGAUGGAUGUUUCAGAAGAAAAACAGCAGCAGCAUGUUCACAGAGAGGCUGACCUAUCAGAACCAAUGGAGCAUGGACACGCUCAAUCAAAUGUGCAAUCUGGAGACAGUGGACUGGGACAGCCACUUAGACCUCCAUCCUUUCCACAGCCUGCAGAUAUUCUGAACAACCCAGUGCUGAGGCACAGAGCACAGCUCAACAGAAAGAGACACCAUCACUCAACUGAGAAUAGAGACGAGAGGCUUCAAACAGAGAAAAUAAGUGAUACAAAAGAGGCAGACAGAGAGGGGUCCAUACCUUCACCGAGCCUGACAAGCAGCCAUGUGAUGGAGGAGGCCGGAGAGUCACAACAAGAUAGCGUCAUGCCUUUAUACAUGCCAAAUUCUCCUCCUUCACUUCUUACUCCUUCUGCUUUUAAUCCCUUUGCUCAUGCACCAAAGGGUGUUCUCAAACACUCCAUAUCCCAAGAUUCAGAGUCCUCAGUGGAAAUAGUGACAAAAAGGAGGCGAGUCGAGGAGAACCGACGGGUCCGUUUUUCAGAGGCGCUGGUGACCAUAGCGCCUCCGGAGCUGAAUCCGGAUGCUACCGACUCAGAGGAGGAUUCGGGAGCAGAGCAGGACGCUGUGAUACAGCAGGAGCCUGAGGUGGAGCAGGCGCUGGUAGAGGAGAUGGCACCGGCACGCCGGCCUGCUCUCCCUGCCUGGAUACUGGCUCUUAAGAGGAGGAACACGGGGAGGAAGCGCAGAUAGUGAAACUGCCAACGUGGGCAUUUAGCCUCGGGGACGUGUCUUUUUUUAAAAUGGAUGAAAAAGAAACAAAAUUUGACUCCAAAGCAGUUUCAUCUGGUCUGGAAGUGAAAAGCCGGAAAACAUAACCACCUUUUUGCACACAGAAGGUCUGCUGCCUGGAUUUCUGUCUGGACACUUACAGUGUCUCUCUAUAGACCAGCACCACAGAAUUGAGAGCAUUUCAAGGCUUUGCAGCUACAACCAUUUACUGCCACUCAUCAGCAACACAGCUUUGCUUAGCACCACCUCAGCAGCAGAAGUUAAAGGGGAAAAAAAAAGAAAAGAGAUCAAAGCAGAAGUUAAAACUGGCAACAAGUCUGACCUUCUCAUCUCUCAAGGAUGAUGUUUAACUGCCGGAUACGCAUACUUACCAGUGUGGAAUCAGCUCUGUGUGUGCUUAGACUCUUUGGUUACUGGAGAAAAUAUUAUUCCACCAGAUUCUAUCAGACAUAAUCUAUUGUCCUCCUCCUCCUCCUGUGUCACACUGUACAGCAGCAGAUUACUCUCUGGUCUCCUGUUAUGUUCAUUAUGUCUCUUUCGUAAUGGCUCAGUGUCCGGCCAUCCUGGAAAUGAAUCCCAUAGGGAGACAGAAAUAUGAGUUUAGAGCUCAGUGGUUUCUGACACACUGCAACUCUCUGUUCAACUAAAGCAAUGUGGAAAUCAUAUUUUUAAGAGACAUGUGCUCACUGCAGAGAGUCACCCUAUCAUUGAUAGGGUGUACUAUCCUGGUCUAUAUUACUAUCUCUGGGCCUAUAUUACAUUAAAGCAAUAGUUCUACAUUUUGUUAAGAACGCUUGUCUGCUUUCUCCCUGUGAGUUAGAUGAGAAGAUUGAUACCCCUGCUAUUUAUAUGAUCUCCACUGUGCCAUUUUUACACAUAGGUUUUUAAUAUAAACAAAUGCCUUAUGCCAAAUUCCACAUUAAGUAGCGAUCUCAAGAUGAUGUUCUCACAGGUGAAUUUUAUUACCUUAGGAGAGAACCAGGCGGGCAUUUCCCUCCAGUUUCCAGUCUCUGUGCUGAGCUAAGCUAUCCGGCCGCAGGCAGUAUUGUAGGUUCACAUUUAUGGCACAAACAUGAGAGCGGUAUCCCGCUUCUCUUCUAUCUGCAAGACACCAUCAAACCAUAUUGUUUUCCAGGAUACGAGUGCUGGAAAACUACUCAUAGAUAAAAUAUUAAAAAACAAAACUUCUAGCUACCUCUUUAUCCCAGUCAUAUUUAUUAAUUAUUCUCAGUGGAGACUGACUGAAAAAAGUGACAUCAGCCUGCUUUUUUCGUGUUUCACAACUGCAGUCUUCAAAUGCUGUUCUGGAAGUGAGAAAACUUGACUGAUUUUUCAUUCUCAGUUGCUGAGUGACCGGAGACACCGUUCAGAGAGAUAGAGUACUUCACGGCGCUGUGUAUCAUAUUCUGUCAUUUCCAUUACAUGCAUUACAUUGAUUUGUGUGAUUAAAUUAGUACAUCAAAUUUUUUGGCUAACUGGAGUCAAUUCCCCCGUGGCCUCCCCUCACAGCUAUCCUCUCUCGUAAAUCACUGUCAGAGCCAUUAAGAAGCUCUUUAGCUCGUCUAUUAGUGCCCCGGUCACAACUUUUACUGAGAGGAGCAGAGAAAGUGGGGGAGGGGCGCUAAAAUGUAAAGUAUGUGCGUGACAGAAAGUGCAAGAAAGACAGUGACAGAGAAUUACGUAAAUGAUAAAAAUGUGUGAGUGCACCAGAGAUACUAAAUAAAUUGGAUUUGUUUUUAGAUUGUCCGGACAUUACUCUAUUAGUCUGUAACAGUAACGUGGCCUUCUGUGCGUCACCACCCAGAAGUAGACUAAUAAUGGUCCACUUGUAAACCUCAAACCACUUGCUUGUGCACACACACACACACACACACACACACACACACGCACGCACACACCCCAUCAUUAGCCAUAUCUUUACACCAUUAGAGGACUCUUUAGUGCUUUUAUUUGUGCAGGACAAACAAGAAGGGCUGCUGUUAAUAAAGAAAGAAAAAUACUCCAAAAUGUUUGGGAAAAAAAGUUUAUUCUCAGUGUUUUGUUGUUUUUUUUUAUUGAACACCUUUUUCAAAUUCUGGCUUGUUGGAGCACAGCUUUAUUCUCAUUAUGUACCUAUUCAGCCCUAAUAUUCUGGCUGACAAACAGGAGAUUGCAGUUUACUGGAGUUAAAAGGCUGUAAAAUGUCUUAUAAAAUGAAACUCCUUGCAAUAAAAUAAGCUUUUUACUACUG